CAACGUUCUUCACUACAACGCCCCGAAACAACCUCCUUCACAAUUCUUUCUACCUGAUCAAUUCGGCCCCCCGCCUGCGCAACCCCAAUAUGUUUAGCGUCCCCUCAGUGACGACUGCGGAGAGCUUAGAUUCGGCGCUGGCCGCCCCAGGCUUAGGUCGCAAGCGAAAGCAGGUCAGCUACGUGCAUAACGACGACGACGACGACGACGCCGAAGACGCCAAUUUCGAAGUCUAUGCGCCGGUGAAGAAGUCCAAGAUAUCCAAGAGCAUCCAUGACCCCACUGAGAGCGCUUUAGACGAGAAACCAAAGAAGUCGCCCAAGAAGAAAGGCAAAGGCGAUGUCGAAGUCAAGCACGAAGAGAAGCGCCUCCGUCGAUUCCGCGCCCGCCCGCCGCAAUCGUACCUCGAAGUCAAAGCACGAGCCCUCAGUCAGCGACUUACCGUCCUCUCUCGCGAACGAUGCGGCACCGCUGAAAUCCCGGAGGAGAAGAUCCUCAUGGCGGGCUCGACGGGCAAUGUCUACACGCAGCAUAUUGGGCAAGUUCCACGAUGCGAUUGCCCGCAUGCGAACAAGGGGAAUCAAUGCAAGCACAUCAUCUAUGUCAUGCUGCGCGUCCUCAAAGCACCAGAGCACGUUGGCUACCAAUUGGCUCUUACCUCUUCGGAGCUGAGGGACCUGUUUAAGAACGCCGCGUCGAUCCCGAAUGCAGACGCCAGUGCUGGAGGCCAGACUGCAGCCGAAGAUGGCAAUCGCAAGCCUGUCGAAGGCGAGUGUCCGAUCUGUUAUACCGAGUUUGAACCGGACGAGGAGAUCGUAUACUGCAAGGCGGCAUGCGGAAACAAUGUUCACAAAGACUGCAUGCAGAGCUGGAUGGCUGCAAAAGCAGGAAAUGCGACUUGUCCGUACUGCCGCGCAGAAUGGGAGGGUGAUGAGAUUGGCGUUGGAGGCAAUAUCGACCUCAAGGGUGCGAUGAGGAACGAGGAGGGCUAUGUCAAUGUUGCGCCUCAGCUGGGCUUGUCAGGUGCAAGGGACUACUCGACGUAUCAUCAACCGUGGGAAUGCAACUGUGCCCGCAGCGCAGCGGCAGCGGGGUCACACGCGGGACACAUGCGCGUGCAAUAUGCUCGUGGCACGGCAUAUCGAUAGUGUAUCGAUAGCGGGUUGUGUAGCCCUGCACUCUGACGAGUCUCAUCAGCUGCUUGGAUCAACCGUCCCGCAGGAUUCUACUUUUUCUUUCCGGGCUCGGAGGCGGCAUACUGUACUGUGUAUUGACCAGGCCGUACGUUUGACAAGAAGAUCCUGGGGACCAACAAAAAGCGGAACGGCACCAGUUGGUCGGCGUACUGCAAAUUCUGCAUUGGCGGGUGGGUGGAAAUUACACCCAACAAGAAGUUGGGCAGCGGCAGCUUUCAGCGCUUCAAAACACGAUCGCCGGCGGGCGGUUAGAAUUAUUUGAGCUUCUUCCUCGUCG